AUGCAAUCCACAAAACUUCAACGCUUGCCCCUGGCAUCACCUAGAAAAACUCCUGUACGGAAAACUGCAAGCAGCAGCCCUCAUCGCACAAUCAGCCCCGUUAAACGUCCGACCAGGAAAAAGACAAACAGCUUAUCACCAAGCCACUCAGAUACUGGUUUAGUUUCAUCAUUUAGAAAGCUUUCAAUUGGUUCCAGUCCUCAUCCACCAUCACGUUCAAAAAGCACUUCUCCUAGGAAGCUUAAGUCAAACUAUGUGCGAAAGAUUAGCACUGCUGCUGUGAAUUCAGUGGAGGAUAUUGUGAAUCUCAUCAAAGGAGACAAAUGUAAGAAUAUCAUUGUCAUGGCUGGUGCUGGCAUCAGUACUCCCAGUGGAAUUCCUGACUUCAGGUAAUUGAGGUCAUGUUCUAUGUCAAGUUCCUCACCAUGGAACAGUUAAACAUUUUAACCUUUUCACCUUUAGUUACAGUGCAACUUCUCGAACUGGGGCACCUGGGAGAAGAUUAUCCAAUCACAACAUUUUUUGAAAACAAAAGAUUCUUCUUUUUUUCACAAACGGACCAAUAAAUUUCAAGGUUCAACCAUGCAACCGUUGAAAACUAUAUAACUAUUUGAACUUAGGAAACAGCCCUCAAAUUCAUGAAAGUUAUUGGUCUGUUUGCAAAAAAAACUUGAAAACCUUUUUUUUUUCAAAAACUGUUGUGAUUGGAUAAUCUUCUUCCAAGUGCCCUUGUUCGGUUUAACCAAGAAUAAUAUUAGGUAAACUCAAUUUCAACAAUAUUACCCAAAAUCCUGUCCCUUUUGCAAUUGAAGAAACUUCCUUGAGAUGAAAAAUUAUUUCAGACUCCAAAAAAGUCCUUGAUCCCCCAGCCCCCACCCUUAUCCUGCCCAAGUUAUUCCAACAUUCGAUAGUGUUGCUAGCCAGUUGAUGAGUAUCAGGGCAACCAUGCAAUUCCAUUAUCCUGUGGAUGGGAAUUUAUCUGGCAGAUAGUGUUAUCCACCUUUUAAACAACUGGGGCCUGGAGGAUACUCAAUAUUAUACACCUUGGGUAUCUGAGUAGGCUUGCAGCCGAAUAGCAGAAAAUGUACUGAUACCAUCAGGCUGACUGCCAACCAUGAUUGCUGGAGUGCUUUGGCUGCCUCUUGAAUUUCCAGAUGUUAGAUCCCCUAAGCUAACUGCAAACAUGUGUUCCUCUUUUCAUUUUUUCCCUUUUAUGCAUGCAGGACACCAGGGACUGGACUUUAUGAUAACUUACAGAAGUACAAAAUCCCAGAGCCAACAGCCAUCUUUGACUUAGAUUACUUCUGGUAUGACCCAAGGCCAUUCUUCUGUCUAGCAAAAAGUUUGUAUCCUGGGAAUUACCAGCCAAACUAUGUGCACUACUUUAUAAAGAUGCUUCAUGACAAAGGAUUGCUUCUGAGAAUGUACACACAGAACAUUGAUGGACUGGAAAGAUGUAAGCCUGCAUGAUUAUGCAAAUUGUACCCUAGUUCAAAGUAAUGUGGGUCAAUUUUUUGUUUCCACUCCUGUGCAUGUUUUGCUUUGUAAGAGUAUCACAUUUCGUGUACCAAAACGUUGGGACUGAAACUCAGUAUUUCUAAUAGCUGUGCAAAAUGCUGCUGCUCAGGGCCUAAUGUUAUAUCCCUUUGAAACCAACUUAAAAUUAAUGGUAUGAAAAAAAAACCCAGUCUGUGAACGCUACAUUGGUAAGAAAAAACAAUGGGAAAGGAACAUUCUUGUUCCCACAGCUUCGAUCCUUCUGACCAGCCCUAUGGAUUGAGUGAGCUCUUGCUGCAGGCCGAGGAUAAUGGGCAAGUGCAGUUUGUACAUUCACAAAUUUAUGAGGCUCUGCAGAAAAUCAGAAGAACUGUGAUUUGCAGCUUCCAGCUAUGGUCCCACCUAGAGCUCUUGAUCCAUUGCACUGGCCAAAAGGACGAGAAUAAGAAAAAGAGCAGGAAAAAUUGAUAUGAGAGUGGGAGAAAAAGUUGUUAUUUUUGCAAAAAUAUGAGGUAUAUGGUAUACACAGAACUUAACUCAUAAUCAUUUACAUGUACAUCGCAACAAGCAUAUUGUAAAUUACAUGGAGGUAGGAGCAAAAAAAUUGCAAGUCUCUGAAACUGGAAAAUUAGCAUGUGUAGAACUACAGUCAGCUGUGGUUCAGUCAGAGUAUAGGUAGUUGACAUUGGCUCUAAAAAGCCAUCAAAGUCAGAAUGUUUCAGUUGUUCCUGUAAACGUUCUUCAAUAUUUUAGUUUGUCAAUACAUGUACUUUACAGCUUAGCAACCAUUAUUCAUCCCAUCAUUAACAGUUUUUAAAGCCUGGGGUCAAUAAAAUUUUACGAGACUCGUUACACUUAGCCUCCCCGCAGACGUCCUUUGGGGUUCGUUUGUCACGCAUUCAACAAACGAACCCCAAAGGACGUCUCUGAGGAGGCUACAUUACACUUAGUGUAACUUACAAGCUUAGCCAUUGUUGUAGAGUCUGAAAACAACAGCUCUAAGGAAAUUGAAGGGAACCAAGCUAAGUGGUCUGAACCUGAAAAUCGAGGGUGCUCAGAAUAUUUGUUUGAAAAAAAAAACACAAAGAUUUUCUAGUUGCCCAAGAGCAAGGGUUGGGUGCCAGUGGCCACUGGGCUCUGCUAGACUUAUAGUAAUUUGUUUUCUUUGGUUCACCAAUUUAGUGGCUGAUAUACCAGCAACAAAGCUAGUGGAAGCUCAUGGUACAUUCUCAACAGCCUCAUGCAUACGAUGCCAUAAGAACUAUGAUGGAGAGCAAAUAAAGGUGAGAUUUGUACCAGAUGAGGGAUGAUGCUGCCAAUCCUCCUACCUGACUGAAAUAUUAGUAACAUGUUUUGAUGACAAUAUUUUAAAAGACCAUAUAUAUAUGGUAGUCCUUGUGAUUAUGAUUUUUUCAACCUAACCCAAUCAACAUUGUUUGAAAACAUAUACUGACAGUCAUGUAGUUCUAAUUCAUUAUGAGAGGANCAUUCUUCUGUCUAGCAAAAAGUUUGUAUCCUGGGAAUUACCAGCCAAACUAUGUGCACUACUUUAUAAAGAUGCUUCAUGACAAAGGAUUGCUUCUGAGAAUGUACACACAGAACAUUGAUGGACUGGAAAGAUGUAAGCCUGCAUGAUUAUGCAAAUUGUACCCUAGUUCAAAGUAAUGUGGGUCAAUUUUUUGUUUCCACUCCUGUGCAUGUUUUGCUUUGUAAGAGUAUCACAUUUCGUGUACCAAAACGUUGGGACUGAAACUCAGUAUUUCUAAUAGCUGUGCAAAAUGCUGCUGCUCAGGGCCUAAUGGAGGAUACUUAACCAACUUAAAUGGUAUGAAAAAAAAACCCAGUCUGUGGAACGUUACAUUGGUAAGAAAAAACAAUGGGAAAGGAACAUUCUUGUUCCCAGAGCUUCGAUCCUUCUGACCAGCCCUAUGGAUUGAGAGAGCUCUUGCUGCAGGCCGAGGAUAAUGGGCAAGCGCAGUUUGUACAUUCACAAAUUUAUGAGGCUCUGCAGAAAAUCAGAAGUACUGUGAUUUGUAGCUUCCAGCUAUGAUCCCACCUAGAGCUCUUGAUCCAUUGCACUGGCCAAAAGGAUGAGAAUAAGAAAAAGAGCAGGAAAAAUUGAUAUGCAAGUGGGAGAAAAAGUUGUUAUUUUUGCAAAAAUAUGAGGUAUAUGGUAUACACAGAACUUAACUCAUAAUCAUUUACAUGUACAUCGCAACAAGCAUAUUGUAAAUUACAUGGAGGUAGGAGCAAAAAAAUUGCAAGUCUCUGAAACUGGAAAAUUAGCAUGUGUAGAACUACAGUCAGCUGUGGUUCAGUCAGAGUAUAGGUAGUUGACAUUGGCUCUAAAAAGCCAUCAAAGUCAGAAUGUUUCAUGUACUUUACAGCUUAGCAACCAUUAUUCAUCCCAUCAUUAACAGUUUUUAAAGCCUGGGGUCAGUAAAAUUUUACGAGACUUGUUACACCUAGCCUCCCCGCAGACGUCCUUUGGGGUUCGUUUGUCACGCAUUCAACAAACAAACCCCAAAGGACAUCUCCGAGGAGGCUACGUUACACUUAGUGUAACUUACAAGUUUAGCCAUUGUUGUAGAGUCUGAAAACAACAGCUCUAAGGAAAUUGAAGGGAACCAAGCUAAGUGGUCUGAACCUGAAAAUCGAGGGUGCUCAGAAUAUUUGUGUGAAAAAAAACACACAAAGAUUUUCUAGUUGCCCAAGAGCAAGGGUUGGGUGCCAGUGGCCACCGGGCUCUGCUAGACUUAUAGUAAUUUGUUUUCUUUGGUUCACCAAUUUAGUGGCUGAUAUACCAGCAACAAAGCUAGUGGAAGCUCAUGGUACAUUCUCAACAGCCUCAUGCAUACGAUGCCAUAAGAACUAUGAUGGAGAGCAAAUAAAGGUGAGAUUUGUACCAGAUGAGGGAUGAUGCUGCCAAUCCUCCUACCUGACUGAAAUAUUAGUAACAUGUUUUGAUGACAAUAUUUUAAAAGACCAUAUAUAUAUGGUAGUCCUUGUGAUUAUGAUUUUUUCAACCUAACCCAAUCAACAUUGUUUGAAAACAUAUACUGACAGUCAUGUAGUUCUAAUUCAUUAUGAGAGGAAACUUAGGCACCAGUGAACUUAAAAAAGAAUCCCAUUCAGUGUCAAAAGGCAGGGUGCAAAGAAAGUCAGUUUUACAGCCUGCUAUUCUGGCAAGCUGUAGCUAGAAUGUACUAGCCUGCAAGUCAUUUCAACUAGCCCCAAAACCCAUUUUGAUUGGCAGGAUUGAUUACAAUCCUUCUGUAAUUUGAAUUUCCCCAAAAAGCAGCACUUGCCCAUUGGGCAAGUUAAGAACAAAAAUCGCCAGCCCAAUAGCAAAAUCCACUAGCCCCGGGCUAUCGGACACGACUUUCUUUGCACACUGAAAGGCUACUACUUGAGGGCACUUUACAGUACAUAUAUAGUAAAAAUUACUUCAGUUAAAAUGAAGUAGUUUUUUACUUUACGUAGCCAUUUCUAAUUUUACUACUUUUUUAAAGUCUCUGGUACAGCCUAUACAAUUAGGUUACUUUUAAUUAACUUUGUAAUUAACCUUAUCCUUGAUGUGUGAAGGGCAGGUUUGCACACACAGAUCAGUUUCAAUACUUUUAUUGUUCUUGUGUUUUCUGCGAAACUUUUUCCUGGUGUCUUUUCAUUUAGAGACAGGUUAAGAUUCACCUUUUAAACCAUUGAACUUCUUAAUAGAAAUUCUUUAUUUCAUUUUUUAUUUUUUAUUUUGUUAUCAUAUUAUAUAAGUAUUGUGAAAGCACCAUGAACUGUUAGGAUACAAUGCAUUAUAUAAUUCCUUACUUAUAAUGAUGAUGAUGAUGAUGUAAGAUAAUUAUUAUCAUUUAAAGAGACAGAUGUUUUAUUGAUUUUUACACAGAAAACAAUCAUGAACGGAGACAUUCCCAGAUGUUCCAGCCCAAGAUGCACAGUGAGUCGUUGGUCUCUCUAUUAAAAAAGAGACUUGUCUCUGAAAGUUACAGUAUUCAUCAUUGGGUUUUGUACAUUUUCAUAACUGUAUAAAAACUCUAGGACCGAGACCUUAACAUUAUUUUUAGUGCUUAUUAAAUGCCUUGUUUCUUCCACUGGUGCUGUAAGAGGGUAAAUUACAGGGUAAAUUCCAACAAAUUAUUUUGCCUAAGGGGCAGUGACCGUGCUGCAACAUAAAAAUAAUGAACUUGGAAAGAACAAAAGACAGCCUUGAUUUUUUUUUUUUUAAUAUUAUUGCUAACAGUGAUGUUAAGUAUUGACAUUGAAACAAUCACACAGAGGCACAGAGUCAAACACUUUUGAGAAAUCUGAAAAUGUAACAUCAGUGGGUCUUGAUUUAUUUCUUGAUAAAGCCUUGUGAAUGUCUUACAAGGAAGUCCUUCUCACAGUACCACACUAUUACAGACACUAGUCCCAAGGUGUUCCUAAUAACAGGAGUAGCCCACGUUAUUCUAACAUGACUCUGAGGCUUUCUGGUCAUUUUUCUAUAUUUGGUUUGACUUCUUUGCACGCAAGUCUCUUCUGAGAGUUGCACGACAACGUAGUCGUGAAAAACUUGCAAUUUUGUCGCUAAAGUGUUGGAGUCAGGGUAGCAUUUUAAUUUAUCAAACAUGGACUAUUGACAGUAAUGAGGUUAAAGUGUAUUUUUUUUCUGUAGGGUGUUAUCAAGCCAGACAUCAUCUUCUUUGGAGAAGACUUGCCCAAGCGGUUUUACUCAUAUAUUGUAGAUUUUCCAAAGUGUGACCUUCUUCUUAUCAUGGGAACCUCACUGGAGGUGAGGCAGUAUUAACAUUUACCAGAGUCCAUACUUACCCAGCCAGAGCGAGCAACUUCUAUGUACUUGUGUCACCUUUCACUGACCAGUUUAUGUUUAGAACGAUUUUGGUGCAAAUUUAGAAUAUCAAAAAGAGCCAUGUGAUUAUGGGCUCUUGAUAUUGUUUAAUUCCCACAGACCAUAGCCUGCAUCGCAGACACUCUAAACCUUCUAGGUCCAUACAAAUGGUUUAGACGAUGCCUGGGCGGGCUGUAACGCAGGCUACACAAACCAGUCCACAAAUUAAAAAAACCUACAGACCUGAAAAUGGUAUUUUUGACCUUUAAAUGACAUUUAGUUUUCCAUGUUUGAUAUGUUACACUUCCAAUGAGCUUAUAUGGAGCAGAGCCUCUAUUUCCACCAGAAAAUGUGCUUUUCACGGUGGAACUUCAUACAACAAACCUCUUAUGUAACGAAGUCCUCAAUAUAACAAAUGAUUUUCUUUACCACAGUAAUAGUAAAAUAUAUGGAUUACAAAACCUCGUUUUAGGGGACAAAUUUUGUCAGUCCCUUGGCCCUUUGUUUUAUCGAGGUUCUACUACAAAAGUAAGCCGUUCUUUGAAAACGCCCUGACAUAGGCCUAGUAUGGAAGUUUCUCCCUCUGGGAUAUUGGCUCAGGGCAUUUUAGCUUUCUUGGGUAAAAUUUUUCUUGUUCUGAAAACAAGGAGAACGAAAAUUAACAAGCACUGUAAAAGCUGAAAAUAACAGUUGGUCAUUCUACACUAUGCUAAAAUUUGCCCAACAUGCAACAAAAUCCUACCUACAGUCAGAACAGAUUAAAUAGCAGAGACUAUCAUUUGAAGCUGGGGAUUACAUAGUAUGUAUACUUAAAGAAAUAUUUAAAGUCGACGUAAUGUAUGCUUAGCAACUUUACUGGUUUGUCCACCUAAAAUGUUCAGCUGCUCCGAAAUUAUUGUCCCCUCUUAAAAGAAUGCAGCCCUGGCUUAGCUCUGCCUGGUUAGCUCAGUUGGGAGAAUGCCGGUCUGCUGAGCGGGAGGUCUCGGGUUAAAACCCUGGCCGGACCAAAACUCAGAGUCUUUAGAUAACUAAGAAGAAAGUGCUGCCUUUGUAAUGACAUCUGCAAACAGUUAGACUUUCUAGUCUUCUCGGAUAAGGAGGAAAAACAGUAGGUCCCGUCUCACAGCACUGUCACUUAUGUGGUUCUUAAUACAGGGAUAACCUCAUGAUCCUCCUUCAGGAGUCGUAAUGACAACCUGUAAACAGUGUAUGUAUGACCUUUUUUUUCAUCAGGUGGAGCCAUUUGCAGGGAUAGCAAGUGCAGUGGAUCACUCCACGCCACGUCUUCUUCUAAACCGAGAGAUCGUAGGACCUUUCUUGCGAUGCUGGGAGAGAAGAUCCAAUGACAUUGUCCUACAAGGAGACGUUGUUGAGGGAGUAAAGAAACUGGUAAACCUCUUGGGAUGGUCUGAUUCAAUGGACACUAUAGUAACCACUGCUAGUGACAAAUGGAAGGAUCACUUGUCGAGUAUGAGUACUCAUGUGAACAGUGCUUCUGAACAGCUUGCCAAAAGUAUUGGCAAAACGAAAGAAGGGGUUCAGAAAGACAAAGUGGUAACAAGUGGUUAUGAAAAUAAGAAAUGUGAAACAGAUGCAUCAUCUAAGGCCGGUUGUGGUGCAACAGCAAAUGGAACAACAAAUGGUUCAGGAUUAAGCCCUUUUGGCACCAGAACAUUUCACUCUCUUGCCAAUGGUUUUGGAGGGAAAGGCAUGCUCUAUAGAACUCCCAAAAGUGCCUUGUUCAUGAGCAGAGAGGGCCCAAUGAGACCUAACUCGACAGUGCGGCGAGGUCCUCUCCUACCAUUCAGGUACACACAGAGGAAUGAUUUGAACACCCAAGACAAAAGCAAAGACUUCAAAGUUAUUGAUCCUAGUAAAGAUCUUGCCAGUGCAGGAUUUGGUCUUGGAAGGAGAAGUAUGGGUUUGGGCUGCUUUUUAGCAGGAACUACAGGUGAAAGCUCCAGUGACGAUGACUAA